AUGGAUUCUGGUGCAGCUGCUGGUUCAUCAUCAAGAACCAAUCGAUCUACUUUAGAGAGAGAACGAAGAAUGCGUUUGAGAAAUCUCUAUUCCCAGCUCGCUUCUUUCCUUCCUCCUCAACCAAGGAAGAUGUCGACGUACGAAAUGUUAGAGCAGGUCACCGUAUAUGUAAACCAGCUGCGAAAACGAGUGGAAGAACUCAAACAAAUGAAGUUGCAAGUUGAAGAGGAGUGCAGAGAAAUGAGAAGUGGACCAAGUCUUAUAUCCCCAGUCAUCAAUAUAACAGAAUUGGAUUCUACGCUGGAAGUUAAUUUAAUUGCUGGGAUGGAUACCAAGUUUGCAUUAUGUGACAUUAUCAGUAUCCUUGAGGAAGAAGGAGCCCAAGUUCUAACUGCUACGUAUCAUAAUACAGGGAAUAAGAUCCUCCUUUCAUUUCAUUAUCAGGCGGCCUAUUCUCGAAUUGGAAUUGAAAAUGUCGGAGUGCAUGAGAGGUUGAAGAGACUGCAUAUUUCUUGA